CCUACCCCAACAUCCACGCGCCCGCUAUUCUCAAUCCCUGUCCGCCUCGCACGCCCACGCGUCGACGAGUCUUGCGGAGACGAAGGGGUGGAGAGGGAGGCGAGGCGAGGAGUCUGAUCGCUGGGCAGGGGCGAUGCCGGGUCUGCCGCACGCGGAAGAGGAGGAGAGGUGCAGCAAGGCCAUUAGCAUCAUCUCCGAGCUGUGCAUCAAAGAAUUUGUCGUCAAGGACCGCUGCCUCGACUUCCUGUCGCUCCUGCCAGAACGCUCUCGGCAGAGCAACCACACCGUGGAUGUAGAUGUGUCGGUGAGCCUACUGGUUGUGAUCGUCAGCUUCUGCGCCAUCGCUCUGCUGCUCGUGUCGCUCUUCGUCUCGUGGAAGCUCUGCUGGCUGCCAUGGCGACACAAGCUCAAGGCGGCGUCGUUGCCGGCGCACGCCAAGCAGCGCGAGAACGCGGCGAGCCGAGCGAACGGCCGGGCCAGAGACGCGCCCUCCUGCAAGGACAACAACCCCGGCAGAGAUGGGGCUGGCAAGGAUGCGGUGGGAGCGGUGGCAUCGACUCCUCGGCUCCAGCACGCGGCCUCGUCCGUGCCCUCGCCAGCCACCUCCACUUCCAUCGGUGCAGGCGAGCAGCCCUCGGCGCGGAACAAGCGGGUGGAGAUCCUCAGCGGUAGUGGCGGCAGUGGCGGAACCGUGACGCGCAUUGGUGAGCAGCAGGCAAUCAAGAUCAGCCACACGUCGCCCGACAUCCCCGCGGACGUGCAGCGUGCCGGACACGGCGCCGACAGUCGCUCUGACAGCGCCCGCAUCCAGCGCCAGGUCACCGAGCCCACGUCCUCCUCCCGCCACACGUCGUUCCGGCGGCAGCUGCCACGGCAGCUCAACCUGUCCCAUCUGGAGGUGAUGGGCACCCCGCCGAGCCCGGCGACGCGGCGGCCGUCCCCCCUCGACAUCGGGCGCAUCAAGCCCGAGCUGUACAAGCAGCGCUCCGUCGAGGGCGACGACGCCGACGGAGGCUGCGGGACGACGGCCGCCAACGACGGGCGAACGCUGGCGGGCAAGCUGAACUUCGCGCUGCACUACGACUACGAGAUGGAGCAGCUGCUUGUGAGGGUGUGCCGUGCCGCCGAGCUGCCCGCCAAGGACUUCUCGGGCACUUCGGACCCCUACGUGAAGAUCUACCUGCUGCCCGAUCGCAAGCGCAAGUACCAGACCAAGGUGCACCGCAAGACGCUCAACCCCGUGUUCGAAGAGACCUUCCAGUUCUUCGUGCCGUACGCGGAGCUGCCCGCGCGGCGCCUGCACUUCAGUGUCUACGACUUCGACCGCUUCUCGCGCCAUGACACCAUCGGCCAGGUGGUGGUGGACAACUUGUUCGAGGAGUCGGACCUGUCGCGAGAGACCUCGCUCUGGAGAGACAUUGAGUGCGUCGCAUCGGAGAAGGAUGACCUGGGGGAGUUGAUGUUCUCGCUCUGCUACCUCCCCACCGCCGGGCGCCUCACGCUCACCGUCAUCAAGGCUCGCAACCUCAAAGCCAUGGACAUCACGGGGGCCUCUGACCCGUACGUGAAGGUGUCGCUGAUGUGCGACGGGCGGAGGCUGAAGAAGCGCAAGACGUCCACCAAGAAGAGCACGCUGAACCCGGUGUACAACGAGGCCAUCGUGUUCGACGUUCCGCCCGAGAGCGUCGACCAAGUGUGCCUCCUCAUCGCCGUGGUCGACUACGACCGCGUGGGACACAACGAGGUGAUCGGCGUGUGUCGCGUCGGUAACGACUCCCAGGGACUCGGCAGGGACCAUUGGAACGAGAUGCUGGCCUACCCGCGCAAACCCAUCGCCCACUGGCACCUGCUGCAGGAGUGUGCAAGUCGGUUCUGCCACUGGGAUAUUUUGAAAGACUUUGGCUCAAAUAUUGUGGGCAGGGCGUGCAGCCAGCUUUGAGAGCCAGGGCUCCUGCUCUUCUCCUUAAGCAACAACAGCAACACAACAACAACAGAACAACUACACGCAUCCGCACGCACACUCACUUUUUACGCACGGACACACGUGGAGCCUCACGUGCGGUGCGCACGGUGCCACGCGCAUGCUUCUGCCUGUACUCACAUCCGCAAAGACAAAUAUCUCCCGUAUAGCCUUCACAGACUAUGUUGGGGCAAGUGCUCUUAGCGAGCACCUAUGAAGGCCGGCACGUGCUGGAGGGUGGUGGG